UGCUUGUCUGCAAAGACGAAUAAGCUAAUCAUUUGAUUUGCACAGCUGCACAGCUGGCUCCAUGAAUCUUUUUAGAUGCAGUACAGUCAGUGCCCUCCGGUUCACACAGACAGCUUAUCCGGCACAUCGCUGUCACACAGUGUUCGAGCAGAGAGGCACGCGCGUGCUGUGUAUUGUUCGGGAGAGAGACCAUGCGAAUGGUAUAGGAAUAUGAACUGAUCAGUAAAAUGCAUUUUGGAAUAGUCAUGUAGAAUGGCAGGGACGAUGCAGUUUAGCGUCCUUUCCUAAAACUAGGUGACUGCAUCAAGGUUGAGCUUUGUGUGCUGUUUCUAUCCCAGCAAACUGGCUGAACUCUCAGUGCCUCUGCAGAUUGUGUUACUUGCUGCACAGUUUGAGAUGAAGCGCAGAAGGACCAAGGCCACUCAGCUGAGCUGCGUUUUUGGCUUGUGCAGUCAGCCGCCUAUUUGCCGAAUGAGAAUGCUGCUGCUCAGCUUGUGCGUGCUGCUGGCAGUGACUCUGAGUCUGGGAUUAAUGCUCUCUGACCAUGAUGCAAGAAGAUCCGAAGAUUUAUCAGUCAGAGUUCCAGACCUUAAAAAUGAUAAACUGACCCGCAGGCCGAGUAAACCCACCGCGGCCCAGGUGAAGCGGCUGGUCUCUGAGGUGAACUGGGCUCGGUUGUGGUAUGCCCAUCUCCAGCCUAUCCUCAUAGAGAGACACCCAGGCUCUCGUGGUAGCCGUACUGUUCGAAGGCAUGUUUCCUCUGUGCUGGACUCUCUCUCUGCGGGGUGGUCAGUGCAGAUCGAUUCCUUCAACUCCGAAACCCCUCGUGGUCCAAUCAACUUCUCCAACAUCCUUGCAGUGUUGGACCCCAUGGCUCCACGUCGACUGCUUUUAGCUUGCCAUUAUGACACAAAAAACAUACCUUUGGAGAAUAAUGAGCCAAAGCAAGUGUUCGUGGGGGCAAGUGACUCAGCUGUUCCUUGUGCUAUGAUGCUGGAGCUGGUCACAGCACUGGACAGCCACCUAAAAAUGCUCAAACAGCAGAUGGCUCAGGUGACACUGCAGUUGGUCUUCUUUGACGGGGCAGAGGCUUUUGAGGAGUGGACGGCCUCUGACUCUCUGUACGGUUCCCGACAUCUCGCUGAACACAUGUCCCGUGUUCCACAUCCUCCAGGCUCUGAACACACAACCCUGCUGCAUGCUGUGGAUCUCUUCAUUCUCUUGGCUCUGAUCGGUGCCCCAAGUCCGACAUUUGUGAAUCAUUUUGACAACAGCGCUCGCUGGUUUGAUCGACUUGUAUUGGCAGAGAAGAGACUCCAUAAGCUGGGCUUGCUGUCUUCCCACCCCAGUGAGCAGGCAUACUUCAGAAAGGAUAUAACUGUGGGGCCGGUAGAUGAUGACCAUUUGCCUUUCCUUCAGCAAGGGGUUCCAGUGCUACACAUAAUUGCUACACCUUUCCCGUCAUAUCGGCAUACAGUGGAGGACAGUGCAGACAAGGUUCACAGUGAUACGGUGGAGAAUCUCACCAAAGUGCUGGUGGUCUUCUUAGCGGAAUAUCUGGGAUUGUAGAUGAUAAUUACUCUACUGUGAACCUUCCACAUACCUCUCAGAAUCUAAGCUAAAUAUGUAAAGCUGCCUUAUUGCUCAGUUUAAACCGAAAUACAGUAUAACUGAUAGUUUUUGGGACUUGUGUUAUACUGAAUAAUAUACACAAUAAGCUCAAGCUACCUUUCAGUAAUGUUAGAUUGUGUGUACGAAACAGAGAAUGAAUGUACGUUAGCAUCAUGUUUCUGGGGAGUUUACACUGCUUCUAUCAAGAGUGCAAUAAUAAUCAAUAUGGAAGCUGUGCUACGAUAUAUACACACCCAGUAAUGGCUGUUAACUCGUAUUUACAUGCACUUAUAUAAUGCAGUGAAAUACUGCCUUUUUAUAAGAAGAAAUAAGAAUAAUAGUAAUACUUCUAUAUGAAAUAGGGCUGCAUUUGAGGAAUCUCUUUCCUCAUUAGCAUAGCGUUGCCGUUACAGGCCUAUUAAAGGCCCAGCAUUUGCACUGUUGCACUUCUCAAAACUGUAGAUGUAAACACACUGGAAUGCACAGGAUACUCUAGUAAGUAUUUUCUAAAUAAAAGAAAACAUUUUAGCAUUUUGCUUUUUCUUUAUUUAUUCUUUAUUUAACUUUAUUAUGUUGGACAAAUCAUGCUGGAUAUUUUUGUUGGGACACUUUCAUGGCCAGUGUGACCAAUUACAUCACUCAUGUAAAAAUGUUCAUAUAAAAUAAAGGCAACUUAUAAUUUAACGUAUAGAUUACCUUUUAGUAGAAUAAUAAUAUUAUUCAUGAAAAUAAUUUACAGCUUUAGAGCUUUACAAAAUGUGUCACAAUUGUGAUUGGAUUAAAUGUUUACAAGGUUUCUUUGUUGAAAACGGUUGCAUUUUGCACUUAAAUGAGUAACAGGGUUGAGGGUGUUUUUGCAUGAAAUAAGCAAAUACACAAAAUGAGUUUAACUUGCAUCCAUGUUAAUGCCAUGAAGACAUUAAAGGACUUUCUAACAAGUUAUUUAAAAUGUUUUUUUUUUUACAUAAUUUCUUUGUAUCUACAGUUUGGGUAACAGAGUUGUACUUUCAAAUGACCAUCACAAUAUUAUUGAAAUUAAAGAUAAAAGAAUGAGAGAACUUAUUUUUCUUCUUCCUGUGAUGUUCCAGAAAAAAAAAAUUCAGAUGAUGUAACUUCCUGUUGAACAUUUGACUUGUGGUAUGUUCCUAAUAUUGUAUUGGGUUGAAUGUGUUCAGGUGACAGGGUUGAGUGAAUGUUGUGGGAUACAACAGUAAAAAGAUUUUAGAUUUCCAAAUAUUACUUUUUUG